AUGGCGGAGCAGCGGGCACUGGCCGCCGCCAAGGAUGGGGACCUGGCCACGCUGGAGCGGCUGCUGGAGGCCGGUGUCCUGCGGCCCGGCAUCACCGACACCCUGGGGGCCGGCCUAGUGCACCACGCCGCCCGCGCCGGCCACCUGGCCUGCGUCCAGUUUCUGGUGCAGCGGGCCGGGCUGCCCGGCAACCAGCAGGCCUGCAACGGGGCCACCCCAGCCCACGACGCCGCGGCCACGGGUGGCCUCACGGAGCUACAAUGGCUGGUGCGCGAGGGGGGCUGCGGCCUGCAGGACCAGGACGCCUCGGGCGUGUCCCCACUGCACCUGGCCGCCCGCUUCGGACACCCGGCCCUGGUGGAGUGGCUGCUCCGGGAGGGCCACGCGGCCACUCUGGAGACCCUGGAGGGGGCCCUGCCCCUGCACCACGCGGCCGUCAGCGGGGACCUCACCUGCCUCAAGCUCCUGGCGGCCGCCCACGACAGCGGCGUGAACCGGCGCACGCGCAGCGGCGCCUCCCCGCUCUACCUGGCCUGCCAGGAGGGCCAUCUGCAUCUGGCGCAGUUCCUGGUGAAGGACUGCGGGGCCGACGUGCACCUGCGCGCCCUGGACGGCAUGAGCGCGCUGCACGCCGCGGCCGCCCGCGGCCACUACUCCCUGGUCGUGUGGCUGGUCACCUUCACAGAGGCGGGGCUGGCAGCGCAGGACAAUGAGGGGGCCACGGCCCUGCACUUCGCUGCCCGGGGCGGCCACACCCCCAUCCUGGACCGGCUGCUCCUGAUGGGCGCCCCCAUCGUGAGAGACUCGUGGGGCGGGACCCCCCUCCACGACGCGGCAGAGAAUGGGCACCUGGAGUGCUGCCAGACCCUGGUGUCCCACCAUGUGGACCCCUCCCUGCGGGACGAGGAUGGCUACAUGGCAGCUGACCUGGCAGAGUAUCAUGGACACCAGGACUGCGCCCAGUUCCUGCGGGACACAGCCCUGCCGGGCCCGCUGCUGAUGGCGCCCCCGCCGCCGCCCUUCCCCCCUCCGCCGCUCUUGGCCGCCCGGCAGGCCCCGGAAGAUGAGAAGAGUGGGGGUGCCGGUCUCAGGGGCCCCACCCCCUCGUCGCUCAGCCCGGCCUGGCCCGCCCAGCCUGACCAGCCGGUCCCCAGUGCGCAGGCGGCUGAAGACGCGUCCCCAAGGGUCCCCGCUGCUGCUUCAGUGGUCACCACGGGGCUGGAGACCACAGCCGGGGAUGCCCCAGAUGGUUUGGCUUUGCUGCAGCUGGAUGGGUCACCCUUGGGCGACCUGGACGGGCUGGUGCCCACGCAGGACGAGCGGGGCCGGCCCAUACCCGAGUGGAAGCGGCAGGUGAUGGUCCGGAAGCUGCAGGCGCGACUGGGUUCAAAGCCACCACCAGAGGACCAGGACGAGAGCGGCAGGCUGGGGCCCCCGGAGCAGGCGUCCUGGCGGUUCUCGCAGGCCCACCGGGCCAUCCUGGGCCCCUUCGGGGAGCUGCUGACCGAGGACGACCUGCUGCACCUGGAGGCGCAGGUGGCCAGCCUGCAGCUGCGGCGGCGCUGCCAGGAAUACGAGGGCGAGCUGGGCCGGCUGGCGGCCGAGCUGCAGGCCCUGCUGCCCGCGCCCCUGGUCCGCAUCACCGUCAACAGCCACUUCCUGCCGCGGCCAGGCGGGCCGGAGCUCCCUGCCGAGGGGCCCCCCGAGGCCGCGCCCGGUGGGCAGCCCCUGCCCUUCUGGUGCAGCCACAUCGCCCGGCUGGUCCGCAGCCUGACCGUGCUGCUGAGGGGCAUGAACGGGCUGGCGCAGGGCGAGGGGCAGCCGGCCCCCCGGGAGGCCCCGGCCGCCCCGCUCCGGAGCGCGGCUCAGCGGGAGAUCCAGGAGAGCGGGGUGUCCGUGCGCACCCUGCGGGGCAACUUCGAGUGCGCGCCGGGUCCCCCCUCCCCCCCGAACGCCAGCUCCUGUGAGCGGGGGGCCCGGCCCGGGCAGUGCCCCCGCGGCUGCUGGCUGGGCGCGCCGCGGGCGGCGGGGCCCGGGUCGGCGGACACCGAGGAGGCCAGCGACUCCGGCAUCAGCUGCGAGGAGGCGCCGUCCGAGGCGGGCGCGGCGCCGGGCCCCGAGCUGGCCAGCCUGCGCAAGGAGCGCAUCGUGCUGCUCUUCCUCAGCCACUGGCGCAAGUCGGCCUAUACCCCCGCGCUGGGCCCGCGCCUCGGCCACCUGCGGCAGCAGCGGGGCGUCAUCGCCCACCUGCUGGGCAGCUGGAAGGCCAUCCUCGCCCUCGUGCCCGCGCGCCAGCUGCGGCGGCUGAGCCGGCGGCCCCGCGGCCCGCUGUCCCCCGAGCAGUUCCUGCCGCACGUGGACGGUGCGCCCCUGCCCUACGACAGCCUCACGCUGGACCUCUUCAUGCUGGGCUACUUCCAGCUGCUGGAGUGCGACCUGCCGGCCGCCGAGCGCAAGGCGCGGCACCUGCUCUGCUUCGAGGUCUUCGAGCACCUGCGCGCCCACGGCUGGGAGGCCGCCCGCGCCUUCCACAAGGCCGUGACCGACGAGGUGGCCGCGGGCCGCCGCGCCUGGACCGACGGCUUCGAGGACAUCAAGGCCCGCUUCUUUGGCUCCGGCCACCGUCCCGCCUGGGACCCAGAGCCCAGGCGCAAAUCGGGCCUGACCCGGCUCAGGCCGCUGCCGCUGGCUGCAGUGCCAGUGCCGGCCCCCGACCCCGAGCCCCCAGCGCCCGCCCCGCGGCCGGGCAGCGUCGCCGACGAGGACAUCUGCGGCUACAUCGACCGCAGCUUCACCUUCUGGAAGGAGAAGGAGGCCGAGAUGUUCAGCUUCGCCGAGUGA